AUGUUAUCUGCGCACGCAAGCCAUGCUUGCCGUGCUGCCCUGGGAUGUUGCCUCGCAAGUUGUUUCUUGCUGCUGCCAGCCUUGCGCCAGAUGUUCUCUCCGGAGGUGCAGCCGCUGCUGCCCACCGCCGCAGUUAUGUCGCUGUUCUGCUCUGGCAGUUCCCUGGAGGAAACCAGCGUCCUAUGUUUCGAGUCCGUCCUCGGCACGCUGCUUGCAGUUGUGAAUGCCGCUGCCAGCCGCAGCAUCGCACUUCAGGAAGUGUCAGCCGUGCCUGGACAGACGGUCGUCGGCGCUUCCAUUAUUGCUUCCUCCAUUGCUUUGGUGAUGCUGGCAUGUCUGCUGCCCAUCUCCGAGAACGCCAAGAUGUACACAGUCGGCCUCACUGCCUACUUCACGAUGGACUGCUUCAGGAACUCUACCCUACCGAUCAUCUCCUUCUGUGUUGAGUACACCAUGGUGAGCCUCUUGGGGUCCUCCUGCGCUCUCGUGGCCUACACGCUCUCCCUACCGGGCAUUCAGGACCCCCGAGCAAUGAAGAGCGCCGCUGCUGCUUUCAGCGAUGUCGCAGACGGCUGUGCGGAGGUCAUCACCGAAGCCACGGUGGCCUUUCUGGGGACGGGUGCUGGUGAUGCCUGGCGGGCCAUCGCGCAGCAGCGCCUACGUGAGCUUUGGGAGAGGCUGGCGGAGGCUAAGGCCACGGCAGAGUACUGGCCGCUUGCCGCAGCACAGAUGCUCCACCCCAGCGGGCGCCUGCGCCUGGCCAGGCGGCGACUGCAUCAGGAAGCUGCUUUCGCAUCUGCCGAAGAAACGCUCGACAUUUGCUGUUUGCUUUGCGAGCUGGCCGCGAGGCCCCACGGUGCAGAAGCCGGCCUGGAAGCAGAUUUAGUUCGAAGCGCUGCGGAGCCGGCCAUCAUGCGAGUUGCCGAUGGAGCAGCGGCGUUGCUGCGAGAUUUCGGCCGCACCAACUUCCAACAGGCAGGGCUCCAGACGACCGGUGCAGCUUGGGCGGCGAACGAUGUGCACAGGAAACGGCUCCGCGAGGCCGCAGAGACGGCUCUGAGGAACAGUAGCGCGGCCGCGCAGGAGCUGCUGCUUCUGAAGCAGUUCCAGAGCCGAAGUGACGCCUCCAAGCUCGAGCGAGGGGAGACGUUUGCAAGUGCGCGAUCGGAGAUGGCUUCGUUCCUUUUCCUCGUGCAUGGCCUUGCCGCGGAUUUGCUCAAGCGAGAAGGUUCCAGUGCGCAGCGGGCGGAGACCCUGCAGGAGAUAUCGAUGAUGCCCCGUGCCUCGAGGGCGCGUUCGUUGUCUGCUGAGCUGGCUGAGGACUUCCUGACCUCCAGCCUCUGGGUCGAAAGCAAGGCGCUUCAAGAGCCUUUGUUGAGCCCAGAGCAGCAGCGCUGGCGCAAGAACUGGGGAUACCGAGAAAAAACGUACCAGGCGGUGUCUUCGGCCGUCCGGCUGAGGUGGCGCAGUGCACUCAAAGUCUCCCUGUCCUACUUUCUCGCGUUGCUCCUGGACUUACACUACGGCCUGGACAGCGCGCUGGUUUGUACCGUGAGCUACUUGUCCAGCUACGGUUCCCAGUAUGCAGGGGGCUCCUUGCGACGCGCCAUCUCGCGUGGCGUCGGGGUCGCUGCAGGGGCCACGGUGGGAAGUGUUCUGCAGCACCUGUCCAUCUCUGUCGCUGUAUCCAAGCUCACGCAGCUCUGGCUCCUCGCCCCGCUGGCGAUUCACCUCCUCGUGACUCUUUGCUUUAUCGGGUCCUGGACCUUCUGCUGCAUGCUAGUCUACUUCCGAAAAGGUCCCUACGCCUAUGUCGGCUUCGUUGCUGCCUUUACAGCCAUCAAGUUCCUCUCCUGCCUGCCUGGUGAAAGCUUGCAGCUAACUGCGACGGUCGCGUCCACCAUGUAUGCUUGCCUGUUGGCGGUGAUGGUGGAGACGUGCAUCCUGCCCAUAGAUGCUCGCGACUUGAUGCAGGCGCGGGUCGCCUCCAGCCUUGUGGGAGUGGGCGUGGUGUUGCCGGCCCUGGUCACUGCGGAUGAGGCGCGAACCACCUUGGUGAAGCAGACCAUCGACAACGAAGGCUUACCAGACCUAACGGAGCGCUUGAAGGAAGUGGGCGCCUACGAGCGGUACUUGGAGUGGCGAGAGGGCUACAUGCGCUGGAGACAAGGUCUGCAUUCUGGCGCCAAGGGCGAGGUCACCAAGAAGAUCGAGGAAGCAACGCCCACUUCUGCACCCAAACGGGUGGUGACAUCCUUCCGCCCGCGCGACCAGCCGGCUCUACCAUCAGACCUGCACCCCUCUGCCGUCGAUCUCACAGCGUCGGUGAACAGCCAAGUUGACGGCAUCCAACUGACUGUAGAGCCGAGCGCCCGGGAUCUGCAGAGCGUGGAGAAUGUGCAGAAUGUGCACGUCAGGGCUGUGGCAGAGAUGCCUGGCUUGGCCGAGUUGCUCGCCAAAGCGAAGGGCGACGACGACCGGGAGCAGCGGGAGCAGCGGGAGCAGCGAGAACGCGAAGAGCUGGAUCUCGAGGAUGGCUUGCCAUUGCCGCGACGAUUGCCCUCCAGUGACGAUGAGCAGCGCAUCUCCCUGACGGCCGUCCAGGAAGUCCUGGUGGAGAUUCGAGAGGCUCUGGCGCCCGCAGAGGAGCUGGUCGUGCAGGCUGCCGAGCGCUUGGACGGCCUGCGGAUCAAUAGCAGCGCGUGGUGUUCUCUGGCCGACCGGCUUGCAAUUAUGCGUCUUUGGCUCUCGUUCUUGGGCCGCAUCGCCAAGCGCCUGGGACAUGGCUGCUUCCUGACAGAGCUCCUGGGCGGUGGGGGGGCCGUGCCUGCAGCAGAGGGCCUGAUCUCUGCUUUCUGCGCCACGAUCGCUGCCAGUGCCAGGGCGGUCGCGGGCAAGGCCCCAAGGCCCCGCGAGUGCACGAAGCUCGAGGCACAGCUCCGCAAUUCCAGACAAAAUCUUCUUUCUGCCCUCUGGCAUCGCCCCGUGUGCCGCCACGAGGGUCGUGCGGAUGUGGCAGCGGAGGUGCUGGCCUUGAGUGCGGCGCAUUCCGUGGUGGCGCUGCUGACGAACGCCGCCAAGUCACUGGCUCUCUCGGUCGAGAUCGCCCUUGUGCAGGAUCCCGACCCUGGCCCCAGCGAACUUGGCGAGAUGGUCGAGACAAACGAGGUCUCCCAGCUGCCGGAUCUGACGGAGCGCCUUAAGGAGCAAGGUCAGUACGAGAAGUACAUCAAGUGGCGCGAAGGUUACAUGCAAUGGCGAUCAGGCGGGCUGUCAGGCUCCAAAGGAGAGGUCAUCGAAAACAGCACAACCUGA